AUUCUGCACUGAAGCAGGUUUUUGUUUCCUUGUUGCGAUCUAUUUUUGCAACUUGUAUUGUACUCUUAUUUUCACAAACUACUAGGGGUUAUUUCUGGAUAAGUCCAGUGACUCUAGUCUAGCAAAUACGGUGCUGACCAUUUCAUUGCACAGGGUUGGAAAGGGAUUCAUUUUGAAUACAGGAGGCAGUUUCUAGCAUUCUAUCAUACUCAGGUAUAAAUCUGUAUUAGAUAGUAUAGGUUGUAUAGGCAAUAUUGCACAUACCUGUAUUAUUGAAGAUAGCUUAUAUCUUAUUGAGCAGGUAUGGCAGUGAGGUGGUGUUCCUUUGGGUUUGUGUUGUUGGUAGUGUUUGCAUGUUGUGCUGAUGCACAGCCUAACUUGAGGUUUCCUUCAAACAACAACCCCCAACCCCAAAUUACAACCUCUACGCCUAGGCAGCCCCAGUGGCCAGAGCCCCAGAGGCCACAGCUGCUGACUCCCCAGAGACCAGAGCCCCAGGGGCCACAGCUACAGACUCUCCAGAGACCAGAGCCCCAGAGGCCACAGCUGCAGACUCCCCAGAUGCCACAGCUGCAGACUCCUCAGAGACCAGAGCCCCAGAGGCCACAGCUGCAGACUCCUCAGAGACCAGAGCCCCAGAGGCCACAGCUGCAGACUCCUCAGAGACCAGAACCCCAGAGGCCACAGCUGCAGACUCCUCAGAGACCAGAGCCCCAGAGGCCACAGCAGCAGACUCCCCAGAGACAAGAGUCCCAGGGGCCACAGCAGCAGGCUCCCCAGAGGCCAAAUCAGCAGACAUCCCAGAGACCAGAGCCCCAGGGGCCACAGCUACAGACUCCCCUGAGACCAGAGCCCCAGAGACCACAGCUGCAGACUCCCCAGAGGCCAGAGCCCCAGUGGACACAGCUACAGAUUCCCCAUAGGCCAGAGCUCCAGUGGCCACAGCAGCAGACUCCUCAGAGGCCAGUGAUCCAGGGGCCACAGCUGCAGACUCCGCAGAGGCCAGAGCACCAGUGGCCACAGCAACAGACUCCCCAGAGACCAGCGCUCCAGUGGCCACAGCAGCAGACUCCUCAGAGCCCAGUGAUCCAGUGGCCACAGCUGCAGACUCCCCGGAGGCCAGAACCCCAGAGGCCACAGCCACAGACUCCCCAGAGACCAGAGCCCCAGAGACCACAGCAGCAGACUCCCCAGAGACCAGAGCCCCAGAGACCACAGCAGCAGACUCCCCAGAGACCAGAGCCCCAGAGACCACAGCAACAGACUCCCCAUAGGCCAGAGCUCCAGUGGCCACAGCAGCAGACUCCGCAGAGGCCAGAUCCCCAGUGGCCACAGCAACAGACUCCCCAGAGACCAGCGCUCCAGUGGCCACAGCAGCAGACUCCUCAGAGCCCAGUGAUCCAGUGGCCACAGCUGCAGACUCCCCAGAGGCCAGAACCCCAGAGGCCACAGUUACAGACUCCCCAAAGGCCAGAGCCCCAGUGGCCACAGCUGCAGACUCCCCAGAGGCAAGAGCCACAUGGGCCACAGCAACAGACUCCCCAUAGGCCAGAGCUCCAGUGGCCACAGCAGCAGACUCCUCAGAGGCCAGUGAUCCAGGGGCCACAGCUGCAGACUCUACAGAGGCCAGAUCCCCAGUGGCCACAGCUGCAGACUCCCCAGAGGCCAGAACCCCAGAGGCCACAGUUACAGACUCCCCAAAGGCCAGAGCCCCAGUGGCCACAGCAGCAGACUCCCCAGAGGCAAGAGCCACAUGGGCCACAGCAACAGACUCCCCAUAGGCCAGCGCUCCAGUGGCCACAGCAGCAGACUCCUCAGAGGCCAGUGAUCCAGGGGGCACAGCUGCAGACUCCUCAGAGUCCAGAACCCCAGAGGCCACAGCUGCAGACUCCCCAGCGGCCAGAGUCCCAGUGGCCAGCAGCAACCACAACUCCAGAUCAGAGAUGUCAAGUACAGGUUCGGGAUACAGUGCAAUGUGGAACCCCAGAUAUUACUCCAUCUCAAUGUCAGGCUAUCGACUGCUGCUUCAAUGGACAGCAGUGCUACUAUGGGAAGGCAGUGACUGUGCAGUGUACCAAGGAUGCUCAGUUUGUGGUGGUGGUGGCCAGGGAUGCCACUUGGCCCAAAAUAGACAUUGAUUCCAUCAGUCUGUUGGGGGGAAAUGACAGCCCAUGCAGUCCUGUUGCCAUCACUUCAGCCUUCGCCAUAUACCAGUUCCCUGUCACUGCCUGUGGCACCACUCUAAAGGAGGAGAGUGGUUAUGUGGUUUAUGAGAACAGGAUGGCAUCUUCCUAUAACGUGGGGAUGGGACCUCGAGGCUCUAUCACCAGGGACAGCCAUUUUGAGCUGCUGUUCCAGUGUAAGUACUCUGCCACUGCAGUACAGGCUCUGGUUAUUGAGGUGAACACUGUUCCUGCACCCGCUUCUGUUGCUGCUCCGGGACCCCUCAGAGUGGAACUCAGACUGGCCAAAGGAACAUGCAACACCAAGGGAUGUAAUGACGAGUCGAGAUCCUUCACAUUGUAUUACACUGAGGAAGACUACCCUAUCACUAAAGUCUUGAGGCAGCCUGUGAACGUUGAGGUUCGCAUCCUGGAGAGGAAGGAUCCCAACCUGUUCCUGAUGCUGGAGCACUGCUGGACCACCUCUGCCCCCAGCCCUGUCAGCAUGCCCCAGUGGGAUCUCAUCAUUGAAGAUUGUUCCUACCCGAAUGAUAAUUACCUGACCACCAUGGUUCCUGUGGAACAUUCCUCUGGCCUUCUGUACCCCAACCACUACAAACGCUUUACCCUCGAGAUGUUCACCUUUGUGGAUCACACUCUGUCUCCCCAGAAAGAGCGGAUUUUCAUCCACUGUAGUACAUCUGUGUGUUACCCUACUCCAGAGGUUUCCUGUGAACCGAAAUGCAACAGGCAAAGGAGAGAUGUUGCUGCUGCUCAGAGGAAGACUACACAGACUGCUGUGGUCUCCAGUGGAGAAGUGGUCCUGGUUGACAAAAAGCCUGUCUACCCUUCAGACCACUAAUUCAACCAGUUGCAGUUUGUAAUGGGGUAUGAAAUAAUGUACUCCGUACUUCCAUACCUGUUACAGCAGAGGAAUUGAAAAGCGUUUUUCUUGGCGAUACUUUCUUUGUUCUUGAUUUGUAAGAAACUUGUCUCUUAUAAACGUCCGUGUCCAGUUGCCGGUGGUACUCCAAAAAACGGAGAAUAUUCAGAAAGAUAUUAAAUCCACUUUUUGCACCAAGUGAGGAGUUGCCUCCUGAUUUUAGCUGCCAGACAUCUUGCAUUUCCCAACAUCUUUGCAGAAACUAGUCGUUUCUAUGCGACGUCGCCACGGCUGACAGCAUGUCACACAGUGCGACCAAAACAAAGAUCUAUACACGUGCAAGAGGCGUUUCUCAAUCUAUGCAAAACGUGGAUGUAAUAUUUUUCAGAAUAUUCUCUGUUUUUUUUAGUUCCACUUGCAACUAGACACAGAAGUGUGCUACCCUACUCCAGGGGUCUCCUUAAUACACUGGAACCUUUCGAACCAAUAACAAAGAAAGUAUCACCAAGUAAAGGUUUGUUGAAAAUAUCCCGAUUACAGCAAGACAACAGCUUAUGCAUGACCUCAGACACAAACUUCAACUCUACAUGGUUAUAAUACAACAUGAGCUCCUGAUUUUGCUACGUAUUUAUUGUUUCUAAUAAACAGUUGUACCACAAAG